AUGUCAUUUACACGUAUAUCCUUCACAAACCUGCAUGAAACAUUGCAGAAGGCUACCGAAUUAGACGCCACUAGAAAGAUCGAGCGGCUAUUAACAAAAGAAGAAUACUCGAUCUUUAAAUCUGCCCUGAGAGAUCCUAAUUCUUGGUCAGAGUUCUGGAAUAACAUCGAUUCGUCCACGGCAAGAGCCAUUGCAGUAGCAAAGGUGAAAGCGGAAGUGCAGCUUAGGAUGAUGUCGGUGUACCAUUGUACGUCAUCUGAAGAAGAAGAAGUUCUUCCUCCUGCACCAAAAAAAAUAAAAGUAAAAGCAUCGGAGCCGGAGCCACCAAAGCAACAGUUGACAGUUCAAAGACCAUUGGAAAUACUUGGCUCUGUUUCACCAAAGAUGAAAUACAUGUUAGAGACGAUAGAGGCAAACCGUCAACACUCUGGCCUGUCGGACAGGGAAUUGACGACAUUACUUUCGGAAGUCCGCGCUGUUGGCUCUCGAUGGGCCGACAGUAAUCGAAUAGGACAAGCGGAACUAUAUGAGGCAAUGGAGGCCGUUCUUAACGCCCUCAAAGCAUAUACAGAUCACUCGCAGCCAUUUCUACAAAAAGUAAACAAAAGGGAAGCUCCUGGUUACUACAAUGUUAUAACAAAUCCUAUGGAUUUGGGCACCAUGACAAAGAAGCUAAAAAAUUCACAAUACCAAUCGAAGAAAGAAUUUGCUGAUGAUUUAUAUCUUAUAUACAAGAACUGCUUGACUUACAACACACGUCCAGAUAGCAUAUAUCGUGAGCACGCGUUUAAAAUGGAGGAGAAGACUCGUGUUCUGCUGCAGAAUCCUCCUUUUGAGAAUAAGAUUACUAUAGAAUCAAAAGAACAAGAAAUAACGGAAACAACUGUCGAUAAUUUUCCUGACGUGAUACCACCUGUCGCAGAUAGUGAUCUCGUGCUCAAGUUACCCAAAGUACCAGAUAUUUGGGAUCCAGAAAUCUAUAAUAAGAAUCGAUCGAAGUUAUUUGACGCUAACGUGAUCGAGAGUGAGGAGCGACCAACGUUAGACAUGUAUCCUGAAGUUCAAUUUUCUACGAAAGGCACCGCAGCCCAGGUAGAUAAGAAUAUCGAAACAUUACGACAGGCGAGAAUUGUGCAGUCUAAGAUCGCAGCAGCGAAGCAGAAUAUUCCCGUUAGUUAUUUUGGUCUUUCCGAAACUGCUCCGUCAAAUAGUAAAGCCCUGCCACAGUUAACAAACAUAAAUGGUCUUCCACCGCUAAUAAUGAAUAAAGGUACAGGAAAUGCGCUAAUGGAGCGCGUAGUUGUUAAACUGUUACAACACGCAGGAUUUGAAGCUGCGCAAUCGUCAGCUCUGAAUGUUCUUACGGACGUCGCAGUAGAGUAUAUGCUCAAUCUCGGAAAAAGUCUUCGAGCUUAUUGCGACGAACAUGAUAAAACGAUGACUCCAGAAGAAAUUUUAUUACAUACGUUGAAUGAAAAUGGUGUAUCUUCUGUAAAUGAAUUGGAUUCGUAUAUACGAGACGAGGUUGAACGAUAUGGAGUAAGAUUGAGCGACGUAAAUCGGCGGUUAGACGCAACUUACGGAGAACUUUUAGGGCACGAUGACAAAGAAGCAGGAGAACCAUCGCUCAGUGAUAACGACGAAGCAUUCGCCAUGGGUAACUUUGGUGAAGACAUUGGAGAAGACUUUUUUGGAUUCAAAGAGCUUGGAUUAGGGCAACUCAGCGUUCCGGCUAGGCUAUUCUUUGGCAAAGAUAAACAAAAGAACAACGUGGUUAAGGGACCUGGACAAGGCACGAACGCUCCUGCAUAUCCGACGCCAGAUCCAUUCCCACCGGUGGAGCCAAGCAAACAAAUUGGUUUGCUUCGACCAUAUUUUGAGAGGCGGGCAUCAGAGCUUAUUGGUCUCUUAGAAGACGAAAUGGUUUCUCAAAAGAAACGAAGUCAGAGGCCGAAAGUUCCCAUUACUGGAAUAAUUCCCAGACAACCACCUCGCGUUGCGAAACCGUCGGGUAUUGAAGCGGAAGCUCUUGCUAUAGAGCGAAAACGCAAAAAGGAACGUGAAGCUCAGUUGGCCGAAGAAAAGAAAAGACAGCGAAUGGAAGAGCGUGGUCGAAAAGCAGCUAAAAAGGUAGCCGAAAAAGCCGAAAAAGAUCUACAACGAAAAAUAAAAGCAGAGCAGAAACGUCUCGAACAAGAGAGUAAGAAAGCAGAAGCUGCCGCUAAGAGAGCCGAACAGAAGAAACUAAAGAGUAAAUCGAAAUCGAAUAAUUCAAGUGUUACUGGUAAUAGUCGGAGCAAUAGUGGGAAUGGUGCUAAUAGUGCCAAAAAUAAUUCAAAUAUAAAAACAAAUGCCAAUACCAAUAUAGCUUCCACCAGUCCGCCCGUUAAUACGCCAGCAAGUACUAAGGAUGCAAUAUCAUACGGACUUUCUAAGGUCACAGCGAAUGCAUAUGAAAGUGACUCUGAGAGUGUACCAUUAGCAAAGAGGAAAAAGAAACGCGUACGAUCCGAUGGCGUAACAGUGCUUGGCAAUAGGAAAUUGUAA